AUGCGGUUCCUGGACACCUGCACCUACGUUUACGGCCCUUGCCUUGAGGGCACCGAUGCGUCGGACGGCGCCGGCUUUGAAAAGCUCGCUGGGAGCCCGGUCUUCGCCUUCCCGGCCGAAGGGGUGGCGCUGAAACGCGGGGAGGAGGUGCAGAUGCUGAGCCGCGAGGCCACCGAAGCGCUGAUGCAGUGCACCUGGGCCAACGGCUUACUGCUGGAGAGCCGCCGGCUCUGUGAGAACCGCGGCUUCUGGGCCUAUCCACCGCCGGUGUCCCCUGACUCGCCCUUCGGGCGCGUGCCCAGCAGCAGCGACUUGCCGGGCUGCGCGGAGGUGCUGAGGACGGGCCGCUUCCUGCCGGUCUUCGUAGCGGAGCUGGGCUGCGUCGAAGGCGUGGAGGUGGGUUUGGGGCUCUUCGCUGCAGAAGGCAUCGCCAAAAACUCCAUCCUCGGGGAGUACACGGGCGUCCUGCGCCUCUUCGACGGAAAGGAUAGCGCCUACAGCUACGCGCUGCCGGUGGUGGACCCGGACCUGGUGAUCGAUGCCAAGGACUUCGGGAACCUGUGCCGCCUGAUCAACCACAGCGAGGACUGGAACGCGGAGCUGGUGGCGGUGCACCACGAGAACAUGCUCCACGUGGUGUGCCGCGCGGCGCAGGACAUCGCACCAAACCAGCAGAUCUUGAUCCACUACGGGCCGGGCUACUGGUGUGCAGAGGGUCGCCAGGGCCAAUGCGUCGACCUAUGCCUGGGGAUGGCUCGCGUGGCCAGCGACCACGGCGCUGGACAAAGUCCAGGGCCUACAGGGGACCAGCGGCCCCUGUCGGCCUGCCGUGCUUACGCUCGCCGGGCCAACGAAGCAAGCGGAUGCCGGCUUGUGGAUCGCUUCAAGCCCAGCCUUCCGGUGAUCCUCGGCCCAGAGCACGAGGUGCCGCUGCCUGCAUUGAGCCAUGCCAAGGCUCUGGCAGAGAGUGCGCCGCGCGCCUGCCUCGUGCGCACUGCCCCGCACCUGAAGCCGGCCCGCGCCUCAGACCUUCAGACGCGGCCCCAGAAUUUCGCGGGUCAGACGAAUGCAGAUACCUGGCUUGUGGUGGGGUGGGGAGGGGACCCGGGGCCCAUGAUGCGGAACGCCCUCCUCGCGCUUCUGCCGCUGGCGGGCGCGGAGAACGUCACCGUGCCCUACACAGCGCCCGACCAGUCGGGCUUGCACUUUGUAGAGACCUUCGACGGUGACGUGUGGUCCAGGUGGAAGCAUUCCACCUCAGAGAAGUACACUAGCAAGUUUGUCGUGGACACCCGGGCCAAAGAGGCGCUGGUGGGGGACCUUGCGCUGAAGGUGCCGGAGCCGGCCCGGCACUACGGCGCCGCGGUGAAGUUCCCGCCCAUCUCUGGGGACUCCUUCGCAGUACAGUUCGAGGCCAAGUUCGAGGAUGGCCUCACGUGCGGGGGCUCCUACCUCAAGCUCUUCGACAGCGAAGGCAAAGGCCCGGAGGAGUUCGAUGCAGACACCCGCUACGUCAUCAUGUUCGGCCCUGACCGGUGCGGCGGCACUAACAAGGUCCACUUCAUCCUGCAGCACAAGAACCCCGUGAGCGGCAAGUGGGAGGAGAAGCACUGGGCCACCCCGCCCAGCGUGCCCUCGGAGCGCCGGACCCACCUCUACGGGUUGUUCAUCCGCCCGGACAACAGCGUUGAGAUGUAUGUGGACGGGGAGAUGAAGGCUUCCGGGUCCCUGCUGAAGGACAUGCAGCCUCCGGUGAACCCGCCCAAGGAGAUCGACGACCCCAGCGACAGCAAACCCGCGGACUGGGUGGACCUGGCGAGGAUCGACGAUCCCGAGGCCAAGAAGCCAGAUGACUGGGACGAGGACGCGCCGUUCCAGAUCCCGGACCCCGCCUCCAGCAUGCCGUCUGGGUGGCUGGAGGAUGAGCCGCUGAAGAUUGCGGACCCUAGCUCGAAGAGGCCCACGGAUUGGGAUGAUGAGGAGGACGGGGAGUGGGAGGCUCCAGUCAUCAGCAACCCCAAGUGCUCCGUAGGCUGCGGCAAGUGGGAGGCCCCGAAGAUCGCCAACCCGGAGUACAAGGGCAAGUGGUACGCCCCGAAGAUCGAGAACCCGGCCUACAUCGGCGAAUGGAAGCCGAGGCAGAUCGACAACCCGGAGUACUUCGUGGACGAGAGCCCCAACAAAAUCCCCACCAUCGACUCGGUGGGCAUCGACAUUUGGACCAUGGACAAGGGCAUCCUCUUCGACAACAUCGUGCUGGACUCCAACCCUGAGAAGGUUAUGGAGUUCGGGAAGUUGACCUUCAACCUUCGCAGCGAGAUCGAGAUCAAGCAGGAGCCGGCGCCUUCCACGGGGGGCUUCCUCGAGCAGUCCCUGGAUUGGGCCCUCAACAACCCGGUGAAGCUCCUGAUGACAGUUCUGGCGCUUCUGGGCGGCAGCUUCCUGCUGUGCUGCCGGGGCGGCGGCGUACCGCCUCCACCCCCGGCCUCAGGCGAGCCGAGCCCGCAGAGGAAGAAGCUGCGGGAGUAUGGCACCAAGGCCCGGUCAGACUCGCCUUCUGGCAAGAAACGGGGUGAGAAGGAAGGCGAGGCUAGCGAGACGAAAGCGGAGCCGGAGCCUGCGUCCUCUUCCCAGGACGUGCCCGAAAAGGAGGACUGA